UUUAGUGUGUUUUUUUUUAAUUUCUUUUUGGAUCCACACUAAGCUUUAGGUAUGGUUGCAUACAUAAAUGUUCCAGCCCAGCACAUCCACAUCAAUCCCUUGCAACCUAAUUGCUUUGUCGAUUGCGACAGUUUCCAUUGCCAAAAACCUGAAUUAAUCUUCUUCCUUUUUCUGAUCUGCCAUACUGGUUCUUCUCCCUGAUCUGCUCAUGACAUACUUCUUCCCUCCUCCACAAAUCACCAGCAAAAUUAGCUUGUGACCACUGAGCUUUGGAGUGCUGCCAUGGAGUUCAAGCCCAGAAUCAUCACCAUCUUUCUUCUCUUCCUCUUCCUCUUCCUCCUCCUCGGCCCGGCUUGUUUUUUGAAAGGGGGAAAGGAAGUUUCGGAUUCGGGGAUUUACGAUAUCGAUUACAGAGGUCCAGAGACCCAUUCAUACGGUCCUCCGCCAAAUAGAUCCAUUCACGAGCCUGCCAUGAGACAUCGUAAAACCAAAGCUUUAAGAGCUGGGAAUGGAGCAACUGGCAACAGAAUUCAUGGAUAAAGGAGUUUGGAAAGGAAGUGUUGGUAUUGCUUUGGUCAAAAUGUUGUUACCCUUAUGUUGAUUCCCUUGAGUUUUAGUUGUUGUGUAGAGAGUGAAAAGGAUUAAAAGAAUCCAAUUAAUGAAUAGUCUUAAAUCCUGUUUUAUUUAUAGUUUUAUUUAUAUGAAUCAAUGUAAGAAGAAGCUGAUAAGGCUUGUUUGCACCUCUGAUUAUUGUAAUGGAAUACCAUGCAUCAUAGCUUUACAAAAUCAAGAAAGGAUUAGCAAAA